CACUGUCAAUAGCCCCCCAGUGAAUUUUCUCCCAUCACAAGAGGAAACGAGACUCCUUUUCCCACUCAGAUCAUUUCACUAGCGAUGCAGAGGAACGGAGACUUCUCCCUCGCUCUCUCCUCCGCUCACACAGAUCAAUGGCAGAGGCGCUUGCCACGGUAGAAAGACGCUCUCGCAGACCCAGCCCGGAGCCCCGGCUGCCAGGGGAAGCUCGCUGCUCUCCGAGCAACUGCACGCCGACAGAGUGGGUCCGAACAAAGGGCUUCCUGGUCGAAGUGUUCUUGAGUGGAGGCCUGUCCGGCUCGGGCGCCCGCCUGCUGAGGGGCGAGAUCACGUUUUCCCAGUGGGUGCUCAUCCUGGAGGACGCCUGUCAGAAAUACUACCAGAUGUCCGGCGUCAGCCUCCCUGGGGACGCCUCCGUCAGCAGCGUCGUGGCCAAGGCCAUUUCCGGGAGGACGGUCAACCCCCGCAUGCUGCAGGCUGCGCUGGCGCUCAGGAAGAAGGGCUUGGUCACUGGCGUCCUCACCAACAACUGGCUGGACGACAGCCCCCAGCGGGGUGGCCUGGCCCGGCUGAUGUGUGAGCUGCGGCCACACUUUGACGUGUUUGUGGAGUCCUGCCAGGUGGGCUUCAUCAAGCCGCAGCCGCAGAUCUACAGACUCCUGCUGGACCGUGUGAAGGCCAGCCCCAAGGAGGUUGUGUUCCUGGAUGACAUGGAGCUCAACCUGCAGCCGGCCCGCGACCUGGGAAUGGCCACCAUCCUCGCCCGCGACACGGACUCCGCGCUCAAGGAGCUGGAGGCCCUCACGGGGAUGCAGCUCCUGCACAUGGCUGCCCCCCUGCCACCCCCCUGCCAGCCCAGCGAUGUGAACCACGGCUACGUGCCCAUCAAGCCUGGGGUGCGCCUGCACUUCGUGGAGAUGGGGUCUGGGCCCCCGGUGUGCCUCUGCCAUGGGUUUCCUGAGAGCUGGUUCUCUUGGAGGUACCAGAUCCCCGCUCUGGCGCAGGCGGGCUUCCGAGUACUGGCCGUGGACAUGAAGGGCUACGGAGACUCGUCAGCCCCACCGGAAAUAGAAGAAUAUUCCAUGCAAGUGCUGUGUGAGGACAUGGUGACCUUCCUGGAUCGGCUGGGCCUCCCCCAGGCGGCGUUCAUCGGCCACGACUGGGGGGGCGCGCUGGUGUGGGCAAUGGCCCUCUUCUACCCCGAGAGAGUGAGUGCGGUGGCCAGUCUGAACACCCCCUUCCUGCCGGCACACCCCGAUGUGGACCCCCUGGAGAAGCUCAAGGCCAACCCCGUGUUUGAUUACCAGCUCUACUUCCAGGAGCCGGGAGUGGCUGAGGCCGAUCUGGAGCAGGACCUGAGCCGGACGUUCAAGAGCUUCUUCCGAGCAAGCGAUGAGAUGUUCCUUACUGUGCACAAUGUCCGAGAAAAGGGGGGGCUGUUCGUGAAGACCCCACAGCAGCCGAGCCUCAGCAGGAUCACCACGGAGGAGGACAUCCAGUUCUACGUGCAGCAGUUCAAGAAAUCGGGCUUCAGGGGUCCCCUAAACUGGUACCGGAACAUACAGGCGAACUGGAGUUGGAGCUGCAAGGCCUCGGGACGGAAGAUCCUCAUCCCUGCGCUCAUGGUCACUGCCGAAAAGGACUUCGUGCUGCACCCGAAACUGUCCGAGCACAUGGAGAACUGGAUCCCCCACCUGAAAAGGGGACACAUUAAGGACUGUGGACACUGGACCCAGAUGGAGAAGCCCGCAGAGGUGAACCAGAUCCUCAUCAAGUGGCUGCAGGAGGAAGCUGGGCAGCCCCCCGUGACCUCCAAGCUCUAGCCCCCCUCUGGGGUCCUGCUCUCCGGAGGACCUUCUCCCCAAACCCGCAGCAUUGCUCUAAGUCCGCGCUUGUCAGUCUCUGGGUCCCCUCUCUGGCGGGAGGGCGGCCCCUCUGGCCCAAGCCCAGCCCCACACUCUCAGGGUGGUUCCUUCUGUGCAGGGGCGUGUCUGCAGAGCCCAGGGCUGCUGCACUGGAGACGCCACAGCUGACAGCGCCUGGGACACCCCGGGCCCAAGUCUGGCCCCAAUCAGGGGCUCGGAGAUGGCCGGAAGGCCUGUCCCGGGUGGGAGACCCGCCACUCGUCCCCCCACACUCAGCCCCUGCCCCCAGAUUUGCUCAGGCUCAAAUGCACACCCCACUCUCUGCAGCAUCGACUGCAGGGAGUGGGUUGGUCGGUCCCCGCUGGGGGCUUCCUCAGCUGGCCCGGGUGUUUGGGGUGCUCAGCUAGAGUUCUUCAUCUUUUGUAAAUAUCAUUUGCUUCUAAAGCAGGUGAUCUGAAAAAAUGUCUUUCCAUUCCUUGUGGUGUAAGUUCACUUUUUAAUUGAUUUUUAAAACUCCCAUUAUUGGGGCCUGAGUGAUAGGACAGCAGGGAGGGCACUUGCCUUGCACUCGGCCCACCUGGGGUUGGCCCCCAGCAUCCCAUAUGGUCCCCUGAGCACCGCCAGCAGUAAUUCCUGAGUGCAGAGCCAGGAGUAACCCCUGAGCAUCCCCCAAAGAGAUAAAUAAAAAGAAAGAAAAUAAAAAUCACUGUCACUGUCAUCCCGUUGCUCAUUGAUUUGCUCGAGCGGGCACCAGUAACGUCUCCAUUGUGAGACUUGUUGUUACUGUUUUUGGCAUAUUGAAUACUCCAUGGGUAGCUUGCCAGGCUCUGCCAUGGGGGCAAAAAGAAAGAAAAUAAAAAUAAAAAAUAAAAGUUCCCUUUACUAUUGUUGUUAUUAUUUGCAAUGUGUAGACUCGCUCUAGGUCUCAUUACUGCACUCGACCUUGUGCCCCGCCUCCAGCCCCUACCACGCCCAUUCCCAAAGGUGGGCCCACCCGACCCUCACAUAGCAUCUCUGUCCACUCAGCAACAGCACUAAGCGAGAGGUCCGGAUUUCCAGCCCGGGAGACUGGCACUCCAGCAUGUGUCUGAUGUGUGGGGGAGACAGUUCUGUCUGCGUGCCCUCCACAAGAACAUUCCAGAAAAAAAAAAAAAAGGGGGGGGCCGGAGCGAUAGCACAGCGAGUAGGGCGUUUGCCUUGCAUGCGGCCGACCCGGGUUCGAUCCCCGGCAUCCCAUAUGGUCCCCCAAGCACCGCCAGGAGUAGUUCCUGAGUGCAAAGCCAGGAGUAACCCCUGAGCAUCGCUAGGUGUGAUCCAAAAAAGCAAAAAAAAAAAAAAAAAAAAAAAGAA